ACCAAAUGCCAAUAAUUGAUCAUUCUCUUCCUAAUAAUCCCUUCUGGAUUCAAGCUGUCACUCUCUCUCUCCUCUCCCUCUCUCUCUCUCUCUCUCUCUGGCUAUGCCUUCUCCUUCUCUUCAAUAUUCCAAAACCAUAACCAUUGAUCCUCUUCACCUUCAAAGUUCAAACAACCUAUGUUUUAACAACCUUAAAACCAAAACCUUAAAAAUCUCAAAAAUAUAAAAACAAAAAAAAAAGACAAGAGACCAAGCCAUGUUCUCCUUUCCUUGGAUCAUAAUUCAGUUUCUUCUUCUUCUUCUUCUUUCAACCUCUUAUUCUGCAUCUGCAACCUCAAGCAACUCCAAUGCAACAACCAUCUACGAGGUUCUUCGCGACCAUGGCCUCCCCAUGGGGCUCUUCCCAAAGGGCGUGGAGGAAUUCGACGUUGACGACGAUGGUCGCUUCUGGGUGCACUUAGAUCAAGCUUGCAACGCCAAGUUCGAGAACGAGUUGCAUUAUGACAGAAACGUUUCUGGGUCUUUGAGUUACGGUAAGAUCGAUGCUUUGACCGGGUUGGAGGCUCAGGAUCUGUUCCUCUGGUUCCCUGUGAUGAGCAUUAGCGUCGAUGUUCCUAGUUCUGGGUUGAUUUACUUUGAUGUUGGUGCUGCUUUUAAGCAAUUCUCGUUGUCCCUUUUUGAAACGCCACCUGAAUGUGUUGCCGUUCGCUCUGAGGAUGCUCAUGCUCUUUCCCAGGGUCAAUCCGGAAGGCUCCGGUAUCAACUUGAUCAGGGAACUUCUGGAAGAGAUGUUCUAUAGACCAUGGAGGAAGGGAUGAAUGAAGUUUUUAUGUUGCACAAUCCUCAUGGAUUCACCAAUCUAAUAGGUCCAAUGAUUUGGUCCUGCUGUGUUGUUUGUGUUAUCUCCCCAUAUAGGGCAGAGUUAGUGUAGUAGAGGCCGCACUUGUCUUGGUAAUUAAUUGAUUUAUAGGUACUUAUAAAGGGAAGCAACUAGAUAAGUCUCCAGAAUCUGUUUCUAAUGGAAAAGAUAGAGCGAGAAUGGAGCAAUUUAUUGAAAUGGAUUCAGGUGACAAGUCUGCAAGAUUUUGUUGUGUGUUAAAUGUUGUUGUAUUAUAAGAAUACAUUGGGUUGUUUAGUUGAAUCAAAUUUAUUAUAUUAGUUUAAAAUAGACAGAACCAUAUGCACUUUUGAUAUGAAAUUCAUGA